CGGUUAGCGCUAGCGCCACUUGGGCGGCCGCGCCAUAAAAGAGCCCGCGUGCGCCGGCAUUUGACUCCCUGCUGCUGCAUUGCGCAAACCUUCGAUUCAGAAAACAACUACGCCGAAACCAUGUCCUCGAACGACUUUGAUGUUCUCAAGACCCUGUGGACCCAAGUGAACAACGUAUGCGUUCCGCCGCCACCGCCUGGUCAGUCUGCGAAGGCAUUCUUCCUGAUGGAGAUGCCUGGGUUCUCGGUGGAUCCCAACGCCUUCGAUCCUUCCAAGUUCAAACCUGGAAUUAUGAUGAGUCCCGACUGUGCGACUGCAUCUCUGUGCGAUCGCGUCCCUGCACUCGCUCCGUACUUCUACGACACGGGGAAUCACAUUUCGUUCUUCUGGAAUAUGCUACUGGAGACCUUUACUGUCGAAGGAGAUUUCGACAAGAAAAACGCCGAUGUCCUAGCUCGUUACGAGAGGGCGAUCGAAAUGCUUUAUGGCAGUAAAGAGGGCUACAUAAAGCAAGAGAAAACGCCCUUGUAUCAAGGCAUGUCAAAAUUGCGCGACGAAUGGAAACGCGCCGAAAGGAACAAGGACAAUUUCAAGAAAAAAUGCAUGGAGGAUGAAGAAAAUUGGCCGGGCAACUACGAGAAAGGCGCAGCUCCGUUCGUUGAUGCGGUGGAGCAAGCGUACACCGAGUACAACAACUUGAGUCUCCAAAUAGAUAAGUACGAAUCUGCCAUUUUCGCCUACGCAAUAGGCGACCUCAACACCGUUUUACUUGACCAAGAAAUCAAGAUGGCGCAGCACCGCCGAGAUGACGCUGGAAAUACUGGGGCCACAUUCUACCAGGUCACUCUCCAACCAGGCAACUGGUACAAGUGGUUUGGCAGUGGCGGUGAUGAAGAUUCAAAAAAAGACCCAGAAGAUCCCUCCGUGAAGGAUGCCGAUGAAGAUCCCAACACUGGAUGGACUGUGGUAUAAUGAAAGGGGCUAUCCUCAAAACAGUUAAAGAGUGAUAUAUAUAGAUCAUCUUAAAGGUUUUCCUGGUCGACUGCUGUUGUAUACAGCUAGCUUCCUGUUGAUGUAGCAAACACGGGGAAAAAGUUUGAAGACUAACAUUUCCCCCCUUUGUCCGAGAAGGAGUAGCAGCUACAUUUUAAUUUUGUGGUGCCAGUCACAUAUAGUAAUGACACACUCGAUCACACGCAGCACACACCUAGUUUACAACCACUGACUAGCACCGAUGCAUAGGUGUGGGCAUUGUAAGCACACUUACCUCAGGUACUGAUAUCAUUGUAGUGAUCGUGGUCAAAUAGCUACUGUUGUUUUGCCUUUUCUCGCUAACACAGAUCAAUAUCACUCAGUCACGUUUGAGUCAGAGUACUGAAGACUCCUACAGCAAGGUGUCAUUUGAAGCAGGGGGAUCUUACGGAGGGCUGGUGAGCGCGUCUGGUGGUUACAGCGAUGAAGAGGGGAGCAGCAGUCUGGCAGUGAGCGGGUCUAAUCUCACCAUCUCGUUCAAAAUCCGGAAAGUGACCAUCCAGCGUCCGUGGAUGGAUCCUGCCAUUCUCCAUUAUCCCAUUGUUGGCAUCAAGGGUCUACCAUCUGGUGCAUGGUCGUCUGGGGAGCUAGAUAGCAAGACCAACAAUGGCUCCUUCCCACUCCUUCCAACAGCUAUGAUAGUGGCCAAGGAUGUUGUCAUCACCUCCGACAAAUUUUCAGAGUCUCUUAAAGAAAGUUACAGUGAGACAUCUGCUCAUGCUUCUGUGAAGGUGGGCAUUGGUCCAUUUAGUGCUAAAGGGAACUUUGGGUACUCCAGUGGCUCAAAGAGUUCUAACUCUGACAUGUCCAGUGAUGGCAAAUCAAUUAGCAUUCAUGGAGCUCAGAUCAUUGGCUGGGUCUGCGUUGUUAACCCUUACUUCCCUCAUGUUGAUUGCAAAUUGACACCAAAGAAGUAGAUGGUUUCCAGUUGUACCAAUAACUGACUCUGAAAACAUUUUUAGUCAUUCUAUUAGCUGGGACAAUGAUAGAGACUUAGAAUAUUAUUAGCGAAUUUUAUACAUGAUAGAUGUUUCCGUAGCUAGAAAACUUAUAGUAAAUUGAUCCGUAUAGAUAUAUUCACACAUGGAAGUGUGAGAGAGGGACCUAUCUGGUGCGCGUAUGACUAUCUUCUGUACCAAUUAUGUUC